ACCUCCGUGGACCCGUCUCGUGGACUUCCUGCGGGACAGGCUGGUCCUCAAGGGCACCAAAGUCCUCUGCAGGGAGGGAGGCUGCGGGAUCUGCACUGUGGUCGUGACGAUGCCCGAUCAGGAACAUCCGGGGAAGCUCAAAGUGUACAGCCUCCAGGCCUGCCAAACAUUCGUGUACGCAUGCGCAGGAUGGAACAUCGAGACAAUCGAAAGUUUGGGGAGCCGUUACAAAGGCUACGACCCACUGCAAACUGCUCUGCAUGGAUUCUGCGGAACGCAGUGUGGGUAUUGUACCCCGGGAAUGAUCAUGACGAUGUAUGGGCAAGUCAUGAAGGGUCCGGUGAACGUCGCGCAGGUGGAGAGGUCCUUGGACGGUAACCUAUGCCGGUGCACAGGAUACCGCCCCAUCCUGGACGCCUUCAAAUCCUUCGCAGAUGACGCCGACGAGAAUUUGAAGAGCAAGCUUAUUGACAUUGAGGAGGUUUACAAAGGCACCUGUAACGAUGCUUGUGCGAGAAACUGUGGCGACUGCAAACAUGUGAACAACGAAGAAGACAACGAGAAAGACCCUUUUAUAGCCCCAGCUCCCAAGGAAAACCUCUCCAUCACUUCGGCGGGAGUUACUUGGCACAGACCGAGAAAAUUGAGGAAAGUAUACGAAGUCCUGAAUAAACUGACUGACCAAAAAGUGCGUAUCGUUGUUGGAAAUACAGGGCAAGGGGUCUACAAGAGCGAUGGCCCAUAUAGCCAUUACAUAAGCACCCACGGGAUCUUGGAACUCUACUACGUUGGCCUCGGGGAACCGUUGAUAUUGUCUGCCAACGUGAGCCUAGCGAGGGCUAUAGAGGUGUUCCUACAAUCUGCAGAAGCCUCAGAGAACUACAGGCACUUGAAAGAAGUGGCCAAACACUGGCAAAUGGUUGCCAAUACCUCCGUCAGAAAUGUCGCCUCCUGGGCAGGAAACCUGAUGCUCAAGAACCAGCACAAGGAAUUCCCCUCAGACAUCUUCCUCACCCUGGCGGCCUGUGGCACCGAGGUGACCGUCGGCAGCGCCCACGACGCCACGGUAACGAGUCACCCACUGGAGGAAUUCGUCGACGUAGACAUGCACAAGAAACUCAUCCUCUACCUGGUCGUGCCGCCUUCGGAGAAGAAGCUCUGGUUCCGUUCCUUCAAAAUCACGCCACGAGCGGUCAACGCCCACGCCUACGUCAACGCCUGCUUCAGUAUGACUAUAGACGUCGAAGACGGUUAUCGCAUCAUGGAUAAGCCAAGGAUAGUCUUUGGAGGAAUCCAUCCUAAUUUUAUUCACGCCGAGCUGACGGAGGCCUAUCUGACAAACAGGCAGCUUUUGGACAGCCAGACUUUCCCGAACGCUUUGGGAGUCCUUGCGAACGAGAUCCAUCCUGACCAGAACGCCCAGGAUUCUUCUCCCGAGUACAGGAAGUCUCUCGCCUUAUGCCUCUUUUACAAGGCAAUUGUAGGAUUUUUGGUGGAAACUGUCGGACCGAGAAUAGCCAGCGCUGGCUCCAACAUCGUGCGUCCUAUAUCUUCGGGUGAGCAACACUUCGAAAUGGAUGAAGUCACCUGGCCGGUGGGUGAGCCCAUCCCCAAAUUAGAGUCCGCUUCCCAAAUCUCGGGUGAAGCCAAAUAUCUGGAUGACGUUCCACCAUUCCCUAAUGAGCUGCAUGCUGCCUUCGUGUUGUCAGCCAUAGCCAAAGGAAAGUUGACUUCAGUCGAUCCUUCAGAGGCUUUGAAACUAGAUGGCGUUAUGGGCUUCGUGGGUGCGGACGACAUCGUAGGUCAAAACAGCUUCGUAAAGAACAUUUCUUUCUAUUUCCCCACCGCUCCUGACCCGGUGUUUGCGAUGGACAACAUCAAAUACGCCGGCCAGCCAAUCGGCGCCGUCAUAGCGAGGGAUCGUGACACCGCCGUCAGGGCCUCCAGGCUAAUCAAGGUCCAAUACGAUGACGUCAAGAAGCCCAUUCUAACCAUCCAAGACGCCAUCGCGAACGGGAAGAAGGUGAUGGGACCGAACAUCACCACCGGCAAGAUCGAACCUUACGACUUCGGGAACUAUGAAGAGGCGAAAGAGGCAGCCCCUCACUCGAUCCAAGGGGAGGUGUCUUUCGGCUACCAGUACCACCUGUGCAUGGAGUCUCACGCGGCCAGGGUCAUUCCCAUUGAGGACGGCUACGACGUGCAUUGCACGACGCAGUGGCCAACGGAGACCCAAAACGUCGUGUCUCAGGUCUUAGAUAUACCAGCGAACAGAAUCAACGUCAAGGUACGUCGACUGGGCGGUGGUUAUGGCGCAAAGGUCAGUAGACAAAAUAUUGUCGCAGCUGCUGCAGCUGUGGCUGCCAGGAAGCUGCAACGUCCUGUGAGGAUGGUGGUUGACCUCAACACUCAGAUGACCUACUCUGGUGUGAGGGAACCCUACCUGGUUACCUACGAGGUUGGCUUCGACGACGAAGGGAAAAUCUCUGCCCUGAAGAUGGAGCUCAUCUGCGACGUGGGUCACGUCGCCAACGAAGCCUCCGUCUUAAUGGCUCUAGCGAUGGUCCAGAAUGCGUACCACAUCCCCAACAUGAAGAUUACACCUUACAUCGUCACCACCGAUACGCCUGCCAAUACCUGGUGUAGGACGCCAGGUCACGUGGAAUGCGUUGGGGCCAUUGAGACAGUUAUGGACCACGUGGCUCACGCCCUUGACAAAGACCCUCUGGAGGUCAGAGAAGCGAACAUGGCACCUCCAAAUGUCUUCAGAUUCUUAGCCCCGCCCCUCGACAAGAACGUCGUUGCUGAGGAUAUCCUUCCACUCCUGAAGGAGAAGGCCAACUACGACGAGAGGAAGAGCAGUGUUGAGGAAUUCAAUAAAACCAACUUGUUCAAAAAGCGAGGCAUAAGCAUCAUCCCCCUUUGGUACGAGUACCAGUACCCUCCAAUACUUCGUUUCGGGGUCCAGGUGACCAUCUACGAGUUGGAUGGCACCGUGUCGCUGUCCAUCGGAGGAAUUGAAAUGGGACAGGGAAUCAAUACGAAGGUGGCGCAGGUAGCUGCCUACACCUUAGGAGUCCCCCUGGAAAACAUCGUCGUGAAACAAACGGAUUCUUUAAUAAGUGCCAAUUCCAGCGUCACUGGAGGAUCGUUCGGUUCGGACUUGUGCUGUCAUGGCAUCCGGGUGGCCUGCAACUCCCUGCGAGAUCGCAUGGAGGUCGUCCGGGAGCUGAUGAAGGAGGACGACGAGGACGACCCGACGUGGGAGAGGCUGGUGAAGAAGUGCUAUCUCGAGAACGUCGAUCUCACAGAGCGCUUUUGGACAAACAGCGAACGUAACCCGGAGAGUUACGACAUCUGGGGCGCCUGCUGCCUGGAAGUAGAAAUCGACGUGCUGACUGGUGUUUUCAUGAUUCGCCGAGCGGACAUAGUCGAAGACUGCGGAAGGAGCCUGAAUCCUUUCGUGGACGUAGGACAGGUGGAGGGAGCUUUCGUUAUGGGGCUAGGAUUCUACACGUCCGAACUACUCAAGGUUCACCAGACGUCCGGCCAAAGGAUUUCCAAUGGAACGUGGGAAUACAAGCCUCCAACUGCCUUGGACAUCCCCGUGGACAUGAGAGUAACACUGCUACCGAACCCAAAGACACCCAAAGGAGUCCUUAGUUCGAAAGCAACUGGCGAACCACCACUAUGCCUAGCUUAUGCCGUUGUAGCGGCCCUCCGCCAAGCAAUCAAGGCCUACAGGAUGGAAAACGAGUUGACCGACUGGUUCGUCAUGAAUGCUCCCGUGACAGUGGCGAGGGUUCAUAUGCUGUGCAGAGUGGACCCAUCCCAUUUGGUGUUAAAGGAACCAGAAGAUGAAAUUGAGGGGAAUUAAGGAAACCGAAUCAAACCCAUGAAUAGAGACUAAUGUAAGGGCUAUUGCAUGCCGUCUACAGCUGGAAAAUAUUGAUGCAAAUUCAAUUUCGCGGGUCUGGAAGAUUCCAUCAUUAGGGUGGAGAUCAUUAAUGGUAUGCGGCUAUAUAAAGAGAAAAUAUCUACAUAUUUUCGGUUGUCUAAAUUCCCAAACAUACACAUGCAUAAUUACA